UUUUUUUGAACAGCGGAAACAAUUUUUGUAAUCUACGUGUAAAACUUUGAGUGUAAAGAGAAUAAAAUGAAAAUAAAAAUUAAAAAAAAAAAAUUCCAGCACGCGAAAGGCACGUGUCAUCUUUUCUCGAGCGAGAAGUACAGAGCAGCACAACUAUGGUUCGUCUUCUUCUUCUUCUUCAAAUUCGCCAUUGUUAACCUCUACAAACCCUAAUUUCUCACUUCUUUAACUGUUUCUCCUGCAUUCUUCUUCUUGUUGUUGUUCAAGAAAGAGAAGAAUCAAAAAUUCUACUGCACUGCACCUACAAAGUAAUCAACAAUCAUCAUCAUCGUUUUCAACUUUUAUGGCUAAAAAGAGCGUGGAAGAAAACGAUCUUUGUCCGGAGAGAAAAAGAGUUAAAGCAACAUCAUCGAGCAAUAAGGCUGAAGACGAGGACAGAAUUUCGAAACUACCUGAUGCGAUUAUUCUACACAUUCUCUCGUUUCUUCCUAGUAAGGAUUUGGUUCCGACUAGUCUUCUUUCAAAGCGUUGGAAACUCAUGUGGUAUUCAGUCCCAACACUCUCUUUCUUAGAUACUAAACAUGCUAGAUUGCCAUGGCACUAUGAUAGGUUCUGCGAUUAUGUGGACACUAGUUUGGAACGCCGUAAGAGAGGUAUGUUUUUUAUGGGUGAUUCUGUCAUAACUAGUUUUAAGCUUCAGAUUCAUAGCUAUGCUAGAAGUAUUGCUCAUCGCAUAGAUAAAUGGUUUGCUUUUGCGGUUCAGAAUAAAGUCAAGAAAAUAAGUUUAAGCUUUAGCAAGGAAACCGAAUGGAAUCGCGAUCUUCGCUGCUUCGAUUAUUACUACUACUGCUUACCUAAAACACUAGUAGUAAACGCAAUGCAUUUAACUAUUUUGGAGUUGGGUAAGGUGGAGUUGAAUUCUCGUUACUCAUUUAGUUUUCCAUGUUUGGAAUCAUUGUCAAUGGAUCUUGUUAGGCUUGCUGAUAAUGAUGUGUUAGAUAAGUUGUUGUUAGGUUCCCCUUCACUUGAGAAGUUUCGGUUAGAUUGUUGUAGUUUGAGAACUGAUCAUCAGCUCAAUAUAAAUAGUUUCAGUCUCAAGUUCUUGCAAAUUCAACUUACUAAGGAUAUAGUGGAGCAAAUUAGAGUGGCAAAUCUUGAAUCUUUGGAACUAUUUGGUGUUUACUUUGGCACAAUAAAUCGCUCGGUGUGCAAGACAAUUAGAAAUCUUUCAUUGAAUUGUGAUUGGGGUCCGGAAGAGUCGUCAUCAUUAGAAUAUCUUAUUUCAAAUCUUCCUCUCCUUGAGAAUUUAACUUUGAGCAAUUGGUAUGGGUUAGGGAUGAAUCACAUUAAGAUCUCGAGUAAGCAAUUGAAACGUUUCGAGUUGAAUAACCCGUUUACAGAUGAAAUGACAGUUGUAAUUGAAUCAGCACCAAAGUUGGAAUCAUUUUGUUAUACGGGCAAUAUCAAAUUUAGUAUAUCAAUGGUGGAGUCAUCCAAUUUGUUGAAUGGAACAUUCAUAAUUCUUGACCGACAAGGGAACUAUGAUGGAAAUUGGUUCAUCGGUUUGAUGAAUUUCUUUUUGAAUCUUAAAUGUUGUUGGAAUACAAUAAGCUUGGAUGUUGACUCAGUUGAGGCCCUCCUCGUUCCAGAAAGUUUGAAGAAUAUAUGUCGUUCUCCUUUAGUUAAUUGGGAGCAUCUUCGAGUUGUUACUGAAUGCAAACCAGAAAUGGAAUCAGACUUGAGAGAUGCUCUGAUGUGGGUUUCUCCUUCUUUAAAGACAUUAUCUAUAGCCAAUAAGGGCAUUCUUUAGAAACUAUGAUUAUGCUGUAGAUUAUUGUCUUAUGUUUGUUUUUCUUUUUCUUUUCAGCUGAUUGCUAUAUUAGUAUCUAUAGAGUGAAUGAGUAGACAGGAUACUUUAACUUGAAUAAUGUAUAUAUUUUUCUGCUUUCGAUUUUCAGUUUUAUAACCCCUACAAAUCUUGACCUGUAGAACUGUCAAGAAGUUAAUUUGCUGAAAACUUUUAAGAAUUUCUCAUGGUAAUUAUAUGGCUGCAUAUAUGCUCUGAUGAGGAAUACCAAUCAGUUGGAUUGUUAAA